AAUUGGGGAGCGGGGUGGAGAGUUCUGGGCCUUAGAAUGGACACAGUGCCACCACCAGAUGUCGCUCCAUCCCAAAGACCCAGAUGGGGCAACCCAGGAAGCCAAAAUCCAGCUCUUUCAUAUUUUCCCUUAUUUGGAGUAGAUUCUUGGAUGUUAGACACACCCCGCCCACCUCCACCACCCCCACCAUCAGACCCCAAUCCAGGCCCUCCCACAGGGAAACUAUAGGCCCAAGCCCACCAGCUAUACUAGGAUCCUGAAGAGCUGUUUCUAGACCUGUGUAGCCAGGGGGCGCCAGGAGGGAAGAAAGCAGAAAAUCUCCAAAGUAAAACAGUGCCCAUAAGGCAAAUCCAGGUGUAACAGGAGAGAACGUUGAUUUCCUGAACUCUCACCUUGGCCAGACUGCUUGGAGCUGCAAGAUACUGCGGGUGGAUUUCACCCACUUUUUCUGGCCCAGGUCUGGCAUUGGGAUCUGGGAACGUUGGUGCUUAUGUUCUGGCUGGCAAUGACCAUCAUACUCAGAACCAAUAUGAGAGAGGACCCAAGAUCCAGGCUUGAAAUCUAGCUGGCUAAACCCUGCCACAGCCCCGGAAUCGGCUCCUUGUGCCCAAACCAGCAGGGGACUCAUCAUCUCUCAUAUCCACCCUUAGCAUUGGCUGGAAAGUGUUCUUCCAAGUUGCCAUUCACCCUUAUCCCAAUCAAGGUACUAGUCUCAAAAGACCUUUCUUUCUCAGAUAAGCACGCAAAUAACCAGUUUAUGGGUACCCACGCCUGUACCCAUCUCCUGCCAAACUCUCAGAUACCAUCCCCUCUUUCAGGAACCCCACUGGUCUCGAGCUCCCAGAUUCCUGAGCACAGACAUAAGUGUGUGGUAAACUAUGCAAAGCUACCUCUGGACACUAAGGCGAUGCCUGGGACCUGUAUCCACACCCAAGCUGCACCUGGCCUCGACCUCUCUGCCUACUUUCCAGACAUCUACCCAGCUCGCAAGCGGCACGCUCACUAUCCAACCACUAUCCGGCAUGGAGCUGGCCACGGAGCCCUCACCUGCUGUCCCUGCAACCGCGGGGUGGCGCCCAGCUCUCCGCACACGAGCCGGAAGCCUCAGAGCUUUGCUGGCGUCCACUGCGCCGCUGCGCGCCUCCACGCGAAUGUGCCGCUGCAGCCCGCCUUCUUGUUGGCCGCAUCCCCGCCCCACGUCCGCCCCGCGCGGGGCCGGCCAAGCCUGGCCCGGCAAGAAAGCCUUAAUUGUGGGUCACUUCCAAGAUUUUUCCCCAUUAGCCAUACCUGCCAAGGGCUACUCCUUCUGAGGAAGAACUUACCAGAGAUCCACAGAAUGCCCUGCACAAAUCCUUCUAGCCCCUCUGACAAAUCCUGGAUGAGGUAUGAGGCCAUACUUUUGCAGCACCUAGGUGACCAGCUACUUCCUGGGGAGACUAUUUCCAUUAAUCACUCAACUUGGGGCUAUUGCAAAAGCCUCUUUCGACUCUGGGAUCUUGAUUUGUCUGCUGAAUGAUAGAGAAGGAAGCUACACUGCAAUGGGGCUAGACUUAAGCUCCAAGUAUGUGCAAGAAAACCACAGUUCAGCUUCCUGGUAACAUCUAUGAUAGAAUUUUAUAGUGGAGUAGUGGGAGGAUUAAGAGGCAGAGUGCUGAGGCAGGUGCAGAGGGUGCUCCUUAGGGAGAAGGCAAACCUAAAAUUCCUUGACCUCAUAAGGAAGCAGCUUGAUUCUGUAUGGGGGGGCAUAGGGGAGUACUGAGUAACCACUCUGUAUGCAGAAGCCUCUGGGAGAGGGGCCAGCACAGGGGGAGGGGGAUGCUGGGAAAACUGAUUUUGCCAAAACUAAAAACAUUUCAUGAAGCAGCCUCUGAAUGCGCAGAAUGUCUCUCUCUGUCCUACCCUGUCUCUUACUUACAUAUACUUCGGGCCAAGGUUCUCCUGUCUUUCCGUAAGACAGUAUCGUUUCCAGGGUUCAUACAACUCCAUUUCCAGGGACAAAUGAGGGCACUGUCUUUGAAAUCCAUCCAACAGUAACUCUUCAUUAACAACUUUGUAUGUGGUCAAAAUGGGGUUCCAUCUCCUCACCAUUGCCUUCUUUAAACUUCCGUAGAGAAUUGGCCUGUGACCUUCACCAAAGUACCCAUCAGGCCAGUCUAGAACUGACCAGAGUACUUGCUAUCACUAACAUUUAAAACAAUGGUUCUUGAUCUGUGGGUCUCGAUCCCUUUGACAAUCUUUUUCUCCAAAAAUAUUUACAUUAAGGUUCAUAACAAUAGCAAAAUUAUAGUUGUGAAAUAGCAAUGAAAAUAAUU